ACCUGGAAAAAUAGGAAACUACGAGUGAUGAUGAUCGCUGAACGUUUUUCCGAUGAGAAAUUGGGGGAGGUUAAAAACUUAAAAUCAUCCAACAAAAUGGGCCUUUUAAAGGGAGCCCAUUACUGGCCCAUCUAAAGUAAUGAUCAAACCCGCCGUGUACGAACGACUACGAGAGCCGAUGUGAUUCUUCUUCUUCUUCAAAGAGAAGAGAAUCUUUGAGUCUUCCAUACGCUGAAAAUAGAUUGGAUUUGAGAUUUAAAGGUCUCAAAGAUUCCAUUUGCAAGGUGCGUUUGAACACUUUCCCUCUCUGUAUAUUCUAUUCCGUUUGCCAUCAUGCAUAUUGUUUCUAAGAUUGUAGAGUAGAUUAUUUGAGCCACGAAGAUGAGGAUGUUGAAAGUAGCGACGUGUAACUUGAACCAAUGGGCUAUGGACUUCGAAUGCAACAUGAAGAACAUCAAGGCUUCCAUUGUCCAGGCUAAGGCUGCCGGUGCCGCCAUCAGGCUUGGUCCCGAGCUCGAGGUCACUGGUUAUGGCUGUGAGGAUCACUUCUUGGAGCUAGACACCGUCACUCACGCGUGGGAUUGUUUAAAGGAAUUGCUGCUUGGUGACUGGACGAAUGAUAUAUUAUGUAGCAUAGGAAUGCCUGUAAUCAAAGGAGCAGAACGGUAUAACUGUCAGGUUCUCUGUAUGAACAAAAGAAUCAUCAUGAUUCGACCAAAGAUGUGCCUCGCCAACGAUGGAAACUAUAGAGAGCUGAGGUGGUUCACGGCUUGGAAGCAGAGAGGAGAGCUCGAGGAGUUUCACCUCCCUAUUGAAAUCUCAGAGGCCUUGUCACAGGAAUCAGUCCCUUUUGGAUAUGGUUACAUCCAGUUUAUCGACACAGCUGUUGCAGCCGAAGUCUGUGAGGAGCUGUUUAGUCCAGUCCCUCCUCAUGCUGAGCUUGCGCUGAACGGUGUGGAGGUGUUUAUGAAUGCGAGUGGGAGUCAUCACCAGCUAAGAAAGCUUGAUAUUCGUUUGAAUGCUUUCAUGGGGGCUACUCAUGCUCGUGGUGGUGUUUAUAUGUACAGCAAUCAACAGGGAUGCGAUGGUGGCCGCUUAUACUACGAUGGAUGUGCAUGCAUUGUUGUAAACGGAGAUGUUGUAGCUCAAGGCUCACAGUUCUCGUUGAAGGACGUUGAGGUCAUCACUUCCCAAGUGGAUCUAGAUGCGGUUGCUAGUCUUCGCGGAUCGAUAAGUAGUUUUCAGGAACAAGCAAGUUGUAAAGUGAAAGUAUCUUCAGUAUACGUGCCCUGUAGGCUGACUCAGUCCUUCAACCUAAAAAUGACACUAAGCAGUCCGAAGAAGAUUAUGUACCACUUUCCACAAGAAGAAAUAGCCUUUGGUCCUGCUUGCUGGCUAUGGGACUAUUUGAGAAGAAGCGGCGCUUCAGGGUUCUUGCUUCCUCUUUCUGGUGGAGCAGACAGCUCGUCUGUGGCGGCUAUUGUUGGCUGCAUGUGCCAACUUGUUGUUAAAGAGAUUGCAAAUGGAGAUGAGCAAGUGAAAACUGAUGCCAAACGGAUUGGGAAUUAUACUAAUGGAGAGUUUCCUACUGAGAGCAAAGAGUUUGCUAAGCGAAUAUUUUACACUGUGUUUAUGGGGUCUGAAAACAGUUCUGAGGCGACAAAAAUGCGUGCAAAGCAGCUUGCAGACGAGAUCGGUGCAUGGCAUCUUGAUGUUUGCAUAGAUGGCGUUGUCUCUGCGGUUCUAACUUUAUUUCAAACGGUUACUGGCAUGCGUCCUCGGUAUAAGGUUGAUGGAGGAUCAAACGUUGAGAAUCUUGGGUUGCAGAACAUUCAAGCACGGAUGAGAAUGGUGUUAGCGUUUAUGUUAGCGUCUCUCUUGCCUUGGGUUCAUAGCAAACCAGGCUUUUACCUUGUUCUAGGCAGCUCCAAUGUUGAUGAAGGACUUCGUGGUUACCUGACAAAGUAUGAUUGUAGCUCAGCAGACAUAAACCCCAUAGGAAGUAUUAGUAAACAGGAUCUGAGGUUGUUCCUAAGAUGGGCUGCAACGAAUCUCGGUUAUCAGUCCUUGGCAGAGAUAGAAGCUGCUCCACCAACAGCUGAGCUUGAGCCCAUUCGUUCUGACUAUUCUCAGCUUGAUGAAGUCGACAUGGGAAUGACAUAUGAAGAGCUCUCAGUCUAUGGAAGGAUGAGGAAGAUAUUCCGGUGUGGCCCAGUUUCCAUGUUCAAGAAUCUAUGUUACAAGUGGGGAACAAAGCUAAGCCCAGCAGAAGUAGCUGAGAAAGUGAAGUACUUCUUCAAGUAUUAUUCGAUCAAUCGACACAAGAUGACUGUCCUCACACCGUCCUACCACGCUGAGAGUUACUCUCCAGAGGACAACAGGUUCGAUCUGAGGCAGUUUCUGUAUAAUAGCAAGUGGCCAUACCAGUUCAAGAAGAUUGACGAGAUUGUUGACGGCCUAAAUGGUGACUCAGUUGCUUUUCCAGGAGAAGAAGCAAGCUACGGCAAAGAAGUUGGAGUCGUGGCUGCAAAUUCCGGUGAUCCAAGCGCGGGUCUCUGACGAAACCUCUUUACCUCUCUGUUUCAACUUAAAAGUGGAAGUUUGGAACAGUGUGGGAACAAAUAACAUGUUUGUGUUGAAGAGAACAACAAAACAACAGUAACCACUUGCAAUAAGUUUUCUUUCUGAGUAAGUCGAUGAUCAUAUGAUCUUGUUAAAAGUUCAUUAUUAUGCAACAAACUUAUGUUUAUACAUGUUUAAAGUUUAGUUUGAGAGCAUGUUUUCUCAGUUGUAAUAUUUAGUAAAAUAGAUUCAAGUGCUCUACUCAUUGUUAAUGCAUUUGGUUAAUCUUCACUAUACAUCUAUCUAUUCAAGGAUUUGGCUAAAAUUUCAAAUUGAUUUCAUUUUUAAAGAGAAACUUAACAUUUAGUUCGGAAAUCAAUUGCUUCAUAACUCUAAUCAUAAUGAGUAAAUGAAUAUCUUCAAAACCGAUUCCAAUAUUCCAUAUAUUCACUACAAUUUAUUAAGUAACAAAUUAUAUUUCAAGAAAUAUUAUAUAACAUUCAUAAUGUAAUAGCAUCCUCAUCUUGGUUAAGACACAUUAGUAAAAUAGAUUCAAUCAAUACCAUUAAGAGAGGAUCAUUCCCUUAAUGAAAAUUACACUUUUCUCAAAAAUACCCUUAUUUUUACAAAGGAUUAAUUAAAUUCAUUAAUGGCAUUUAGGUCUUUUGGUUUUGGGCCUACAAAUACACCUAAAUAGAUCUACUAAUAAUGGGCCUAUAUAUAUUUAAAAGAUAUAUUAACUUUAAAUUUAAUAUAAGUAUAAAUAUAUUAUGAAACAUAAAUAAAUUAACAAACAUGAAAAUAUCAUUUUCUUAAAUAUAUGUAUCAAUAUUCAAAAUGCAUCAUUUGAAUAUUAUACAGAUUUUCAAUACAAACUAAAUCAUAUAUCCUACACCAUAUAUCAUAUACAUAUCUAAAUAUCAUUUUUCCAUGUAUAAUGUCAUUUUAUAGAUAAUAUUAAUAUGGCAAUUACGAGUGUUCAAGAAUAUUUUAAAAUUUAUUUUAAAAUCAAAUUUUAAAUCUAAAAUAAAAACAUAAACUUAUAAUAGGUUAUUAAUAACGAAAAUAAACUAAUAUUGUCAUAUCAAUAAGAUUUUUAUUAUCAUUUUUAUACGGAUAAUAUAAUAACAUUUCAUCAAAUUCUAAGGAAUCACUAAGUUGUGUAAUAUUAAAAAAAUAUGAGUAAUUUAAUCAAUUU